CUCUAUCUAGUCAAUGAAUGAAUUCAGUCCCCGCAUCAAACUCCGUGCAGCAAACGUGGAUCUAAAAUAGCGUUAAUUUAAUUUAUAAAAAAGUGACCGAAUGUUAGAACAGUUCAAUUCAACGCAACGGCGCCAUACACACGGUUUAAAAUUCGUUUAGUGUGAGCGUCGCGACAUAUACAGCAAUGUAAAACCCAGCGGAUAUUUCUAUACUUCCGCUGUUGGGUCAAUAAAUCAACAAUGACCAGGAAUACGUCCUUGAUUUCGGAAAAAUUUUACCAAAAACAACUGUAACAUUGAAAAUGACAUACUAAAAUUUCGUUUAUUCGCGGUUUUUAAAUUGGUUGUGAUUUUUCUGUAGUGUAAUUAAUAAAUAAUGUGUAACUAAAAUUAAGUGUAUUUUUUUAAAUUAUUACAUUUGCUGCUGUUAGGAAAAUAAUAAUAAUAAUUAAUAAACGUUAUUUUGGAAAAUUCGCAGUCAAUACGUGAGGGCGUGUCUACCUCUCCAACGAUGCAGCUGACCUAUAUAUUAUAUUAAAGAGAAGAUUGCUGUCAUGGCGAUGAAUAUGUCGAAAUUUAGAAUGGAGCAGGAAUUGUGGACGGCAAAAGUCGAUAUGCCACCAUGGCAGUGCUAAUGCGUCGUCUAUUCGUAGACGCUCAGGCAAAGCUUCGCAGAAUGGUAGAAGAACAUUCCACCGAUUUAACAUGUCGGAUAGAAUCCGAUUACCCCAAUUCUAGUCCAAUAGCUGUCCCUAGUCCCGCUUGCACUAUCCACGAAGCAAAAGUAGUUGAAACUCCUCCUGCGACAUCCACAGCGUGUCAGAUCGAAGUGAACCUUCAGCAACCAACGCUUGGCGAUGAAAAAGUAAUCAUUGAUUGUGAUGUAGAUAUUAAGAUUAAUGAUAAUAAGAAAAACAAUAAAAUAAAUUCUAUAGAGGCUAGGAGAAGCAAAUCUUUAUCCAUAGAAAUAGGUGAAGAUUCGAAUAAAAAGGAUAUCAAAAAGUGUAAAUCAAAUCCAGUUAAAAGUGAAGAAUCAAAUACUACCGAUAACGAAAAGGCUGUUGAAGAUAGUAAGGAAAUUGAGAUGACGGUUGAGGAAAACGUUAAUGUUUUCAAAGGCAGCAGAUCAUCUCUAGAGACUAGGUCUGAUUCACCUAAACCGGGAUGUAGCAGUCAACCGGAUAUUGAUUCAUCCUCGCCCCGGUCCCCGAGGAGUUCCGACGGCAACCGAGACGACCUUUCCGCGCUGUUACCUUCGCCUUCGAAUUACUCCAAAUCUUCGGCGACGAUCCGAAGAGUUCGGCAGGAAAACGAGCGUCUCCAAGCGGAAGUGACGAGAUUGAAGCGACUCGUCGUGUCUGGAGCGACGUCCGCUCUCGCUGAACGGAAGAAUUUAUCGGAAAAUGUCGAUCCCGACUCCGCAACACACGCUUUGGAAUUGGAAUUACAGCUGGCUAGGGAGGCGUUAUCAACUCUAAAAGCGGACAAGAGGCGUCUCAAAGCGGAAAAAUUCGAUUUACUAAAUCAGAUGAAACAGUUGUAUUUGACGCUAGAAGAUAAAGAGAAAGAGCUGCGAGACUUUAUAAGAAAUUAUGGACAGCGGUCAAGGGACAACGAAUCGUCGAUGCAGCAACUAUCGACGGAACGCGAGGAACGAGAAAGGGAACGUUGGAGUUUGCUGCGGCACGCCAGAGACGAAGCCGAAAGAAGUUUAUCGUUGGCGGCACAACUUAACGCCAAGGAGUUGCAACUUCAACAAGCACAAGAACAGUUACAAGAAGCCAGACGGCAGUUAGCAUCUAGCGGAUGUCUCUCGGACCAAGAAUCCUUAGCCUCGCUACCAAGACACAACAUCAACGGCGGUGCUUUGACCCCGGGCUCCGGUGGUCUGCUUUCAGGACACCACGGAUUAGGCCAACUUCCCGGCGACAGGGGAAGUUGUAGUGCUGAUUCUGGUGUUCGAGUGAGCUCGGAUAGAGAAAGCGGAGCUACAUCUGUCGCUGGAAACUUAUCUGAUUCUACGACAGAUGGUACUCCUACUAUUACGUUGGGAGAUGGGCACAAAGACAUGGAUUCGGUGUCGCUGAUUUCAUCGGUACCACCGCCGCACAUGUACCAAACUUCUACAAAAGACUGCAGCCCCACCUUAUCCCCUUUAAAUGCAAAUACGUUCUCUAGGUCAGUAGAUCCUGCAUAUUUUUCAAGAUCCGUAGAGCAGCUUAGUUCUCCAAUGGAACCAGAACCAAUCACAGUAGGUAGAAGAAGUAAACAAUCUAUGAGACCGUCAAGCGGAAGCAGGGGAGGAACGUGGGGUAGCAUAUCUAGAGUUUUCGCUAGGUCAAGACACAGAAACAAGUCAAAUUCAUUGCAGGAAACGAGUGAAUCUUACGAUCCGUAUCGUAGUUGGUCUCCGCUAACCGAAGAAGGCUACGCAGAGAAAUUAAGACUGCUUAGAGAAGCGAAUAGCAUACCCAUGGAACGAUGGAGGGCCUCGACAGUAUUAGCAUGGUUGGAGAUAGCAUUAGGAAUGUCUCAGUACGGGACCAGAUGCGCGGAAAAUAUCAAAAGUGGCAAGAUUGGUCCUUUGCAUGGUCAGGUGCUAUUGGAACUCAGCGAUCUGGAACUCGAAUGCGGUCUGGGAAUCACCCAUCCGAUGCACAGGAAGAAGAUCCGAUUGGCGAUCGAGGAACAUCGCAAUCCCGGAUUAGUGAGGUAUCCCUGCAUUGCUCAACUCGGCCAUACGUGGGUGUGCAGCGAAUGGUUACCGGAUUUAGGAUUGGCACAGUAUUCAGAAAGUUUCGCUACAAAUAUGGUCGAUGCAAGAAUGUUAGAACACUUGAGCAAAAAGGAAUUGGAAAAAUAUUUAGGAGUUACUAGAAAAUUUCAUCAGGCGUCUAUCGUUCAUGGAAUACAUCUACUGAGAAUCAUGAAAUAUGAUCGACAGGCGCUUGCAGUUAGAAGACACCAGUGUGAAACUAUGGAUGCUGAUCCGUUAGUAUGGACCAAUCAGAGGUUUAUAAGAUGGGCAAGAAGCAUCGAUCUUGCAGAAUACGCCGAUAACUUGAAAGAUAGUGGCGUACACGGAGGUCUGGUAGUUCUGGAACCAUCAUUCAACGGCGACACUAUGGCAACCGCCCUAGGAAUUCCAGCUAGCAAGAAUAUAAUCAGAAGACAUCUGACUGCUGAACUUGAUGCUCUAAUUUUACCUGCCAGAUCUACACUAGAGCACUAUGUACGAGUUAGGGCCAAAUCAAGAGUUCUGGGAGGGUCCUUAGGUCGUACCUUUUCGCGAUCUUGUGGAGGACUGGUGGGAACUUCUACGGCUAGCAGAAAUACGUUUACCAAAGAGCACCAAAAGUCAAAUAGUAUUAGGAUCUAUAAUGGACGUGGACCUGAAUUUUAGAUGAAUUUUAACACACCAAAUAAAAAACACCAAAGUAGAUUUAUUUAAUUUAUAUUUAUAUUAUUAUUAUUUAUGUUCUGUGAUAAUGUUAGUUAUAUUUACACAGUGUGUCUAUUUUAUAAUAAUAUCGUUCCAAUAUUUUUUUAAUCUAAAUUACUCUAAAUGUUUUCUUUUUUUU